UGCUUCCAGGCUGCAUAAUGUGCAGUGUGCACACGCUGAUCAUGUGCUGACUCCUGAUCAUGUCCCGACUCCUGCGCACCACAUUCAAAUUGGGUUCCUCAAUCCUUUAAGUUUAUAGAAGCUACAGCUAGAGCUGCAUUGCAGCUUUGCUUUAUAGCUGUGGCUCCAGGACAGGCUGGUUCUAUUUGCGGCUUGAAAGAUCAAGUGUGCCACCCCAAUCAAGGCCCGUCGGACAUUUUGGGUGAUUAUAGGCCUUGGAGAAAGCUUUGCAAGCAAUCUGCAUUCAUUAGGAAUAUAUGCGAAUCUCGUACACAAACCCAGCUGAUAUUGAACUGAGGCGGUAGCCAAUCAUGGCGGAGGCCCGUCAGAAGAGCAGCAAAGACAAGGGUGGUCAGAGCCAAGCUGCGCCUGAUGAUGUUGAAAGCAAGCGGCUUCGAGACAGGGCCGUCAGCAAAGGCAGUCUGGCUCGUGCAAAAGCAAGUCCUGCAGACAGCCUCUCUGCUUCCAAAGCAAUUUUGAGAUGCAAUGGCAAGGACAUUGUGAAGAGGGGCCACAGGAAGAACAAGUACCUGUUCUCCUUUCCGGGGCUACUUGCACCCGUUGCUGGUGGACAGCUUGGAGAACUGGCACAGCUUGACACCAAAAACCCUGUGAUGUACUUCUCAUUUCCUGAGGGGCGCUUGAAACUGUUUGGCACACUUGUCUACCCCAAGAAUAAGUACUUGACACUGCACUUCUCCAAGGGUGCGGGAAACAUUGCUUGCGAGGACUGCUUCGAAAACAUGGUUGUGUUCUCUGAGUACUGGUGGAUUGGGUCAAAGGAAGAGAAUCCAAAUGAGGAGCGCCUUGACAUGCCUGAGUCGCUCACCAAGAGGAGUCUUCACGAAGGAGUCGACUUCUCUGGAGGAGCCGCCAGGCAACCUGACACAACGGCAAAGGCUCAUCCUGAGGCCACUGCCAGCAAGCCGGCUGAGCCUGACCCUGACGACCAGGAAGAAGAAGGCGGUACUGCAGGACCAGACGCGCUUGACUCUGAAGCAGAGAUCGCCAGAACAGCGCAAGAUGAUCAGAAAGGCGCUGCAGCACGGCGGAAGUCUUCGCGGACUGCUGGCAGAAGCUUCAGGUUUGCUGAGCCCAGAACGGACGACGAGUUGGACGACGAUGCUGACAGCGACAGUGACGAUGUGCCGCUUCGACCGCCCUCUGCAAAGCCCGCAGUGUCAAGACCACCGAAAGAGAAGCCAGCGAGCGCUGCUGCAAGCAAAGCACCCAAGAAGCGGCCCGUCACCAUCAACCUCGACAGCGACGACGAAGGAGAGAACGGAACCCCGGAGACGGAAGCGCAGACACAAGCUCCUCCGAGAUCCAAACGAAAAGCCACUUCGGCUGCCAAAGCGCCAGCGGGCAAGAAGGCAAAGAAAGGCCGAAAGGAGGAGGAUGAGGACGCGGGCGAAGGGAGCAGCGAAGACAUCCCUACGGAACCAAGCGACGACGACGACAGCGAUGAGGAGUGGAAGUUGUGAGCGUGCCUCGCCGAGGAAGAAUGCAGACGCAACGUGUUUUCAAGUAUAUUGACAGAAGAGACCUUGGCAUGCAGUGUAAUUGGAUCUGGCAACCGCGAGAAAUUUUGAAAGACUGGUUAGCCCUGCCAGCUUUGGCAAAGAGCGCGUUGGUGGUUCCGAUAAUUGUAAAGAACGAUUUCAAUUGGUCAUGUGCGGCCAACACUAACAGAUCCACAGUCAAUGCUCAAGCAUGCUCUUGCUUCAUCCCAAUCCUCAGGGAUCGAGCUUGAAUUUCUAAAGCCAAAUAGGUCGUGAAG